UUCCUUGAAAAAAAAAAAAUCCAAAGAAGGCCUGGAAUAUUAGCGGCGAUUUCAAACCCUAAUUUCGCCUUUUUCUCCACUCGAGAAGCAUCUGGGUCUUUCUCCUUGAGGUUUUGUUUGUGUUUUUUUGUUGUUAAUUUCGUGGUUUUCAUCGUGGAAUUUCUGAAAAUUCUCUUUUUUAUCGUGUUUUUCGCUGGAUUUACUGCUGAAUUUAUGGAUUUUCUGGAGAAAUUCGAGAAAAAGGGAAUUUUUUUUGAGAAGUUGGAUCUCUAAUUUCUCUCUGAUUUUCGCUUGAUCUUUGGUGGAGUUACUUUUUUCUUUGAGUUUUUUUUUACUGUUUUUUGUUCUUUUGUAAUAAGAUUUGGGGUUUAGGGUUUUCUUUUAUUUCUCUUGUUGUACUUUGUACUGUGACUUAUUUAUUUUUUUAUUGUAAUUCUGGCCAAAAUUAGGGUUUAGGGUUUUCAAAUCGCUGCUUCUCUGUCGAGAUCUGAAACAGAUUUCAGUGUUUGUGCUGUAAAAAUCGCAUAUUUGUGGUGUUUUCUCCGUAUGGUAUUAUGGGUUUUUUGGAAGUGAGCUUCGAUUAGAGUGCUUUCGGUGGGAAAUUCUUGGAAAAUCGUUCCUUUAGCAUUCGAGGAGGUGUAGUUUCCUGAAGAUGUUGUGAUAAAUGUGUGAUUUUUGGAGGAGAGGAAGUUGAUUUCCCUCGUGGUGCUUUGUAAAAAUUGAGUUUUUGGUUGGAGAGCCCGUGGAAUUUGAGGUUUGGAUGCAUGGAGGUGAGAUCCGAGACCGGGUUGAUGGCGAGUAGGGAGCCUUUCACCGUUGCCAUGCAGAAGAGUCCCGUCCAGUCGCCACCGUCGAUGCAGAACAUGCGGCUGGUGUUCACCGCCGAUGGGCAGGCAGUCUACAAGCCCAUUGGUUCUAGUUCUCCUCCCUAUCCUGGUAGUGGUGGUGGAGGGGGGAACGCUGGUGAUGGGGUUCCUUCGCCGGCGGUGGCGCCGCCACAUGGUCUUCAUGUCAACAUGGGAGAGCCGGUGAAACGUAAGCGUGGGAGACCCAGGAAAUAUGGACCAGAUGGCACCAUGGCUCUUGCUUUAACUCCGGCGUCUGCUCCGCCAGCUACCAGUGCCUUCUCCCUCGUUGGUGCUGCAAGUGCUGCUCCCUCUGAUCCCUCGAAGAAGUCAAGAGGCCGGCCUCCGGGCUCCGGAAAGAAGCAGCAGAUGACUGCUCUUGGAUCAACUGGACUUGGGUUUACUCCACAUGUUAUUAAUGUUAAGGCGGGGGAGGAUGUUUCAUCAAAGAUCAUGUCAUUUUCUCAGCAUGGGCCCCGUGGAAUUUGCAUCCUUUCAGCAAAUGGUGCAAUAUCCAAUGUAACUCUUCGUCAAGCAGCUACUUCUGGUGGAACAGUAACUUAUGAGGGCCGGUUUGAGAUACUGUCACUCUCUGGUUCAUAUCUGCUGUCAGAGAGCGGGGGCCAGCGAAGCCGAACGGGUGGACUGAGUGUGUCACUUGCUGGUCCAGAUGGACGUGUUUUAGGUGGUGGAGUGGCAGGGUUGUUGACCGCCGCAUCUCCUGUUCAGGUAGUUGUAGGGAGUUUCAUUGUUGAUGGGCGAAAGGAACCCAAACAUAGGAAUUAUUCCGAUCCUGCAUCGGCUCAUGGGAAGGUUACCGCCGGAGGCAUGGUAGCACCUGGCAGCCCACUGUCACGUGGCACACAGAGUGAAUCAUCGGGCGGACCGGGAAGCCCUCUGAACCAGAGCACUGGAGCCUGUAACAACAAUAACCAACUCGGCUUAUCAGCCAUGCCAUGGAAAUGAAAACCUUUGUUUAUUAUAUUAGAUCAUAUGCUUCAUCUAAAAUUAGUUUGUAGAUUAGUUCAGGGAGCUUUCCGGUGACUUUGAAUGACCUCUGACCGGACCGGUUGUUAUCUAAGCACAUCGGUUUUGUUGCUGUUGGUGUUUUAUUUGUGUUUGUGUCAGUGUUAUGGUGAUUGUAAGUAAUGUUUGCUGAUGUAUCAGUGUAUCAGAUGUCAUCAUGUUUGUUUUUCCAUAAUCUGAAAACUCUUUAGUUAAUCAGUUGCUUGUUAUAUGA